AAAAUGAGAAAAUUUAUCGUUAAAGAGUGGGCUGAGCUUAUUUCAGGCCCUAUUACCUUAAAUGAACGGUCACAACUGGUCUUUAAACAUGCUGACUUGCCCACGGUGAACGAUGAACUAUCAGUUACUUUACGACUAAAACUUCAUAGUCAUGCUUCCAGUUGGGCUAUUAUUUUUCACAAAGGUACCGAACGGUUUGACCGUACUCCUUUACUUGAGUUGGUACCAAAAAAAUCUUCAUUGCAUGCUCGGUUCACUGGCAACUGGACUAACGAUGCAGGAAUUUAUGAUUUUGGUAACGGACUUUUGUUGGAUAAAUGGUAUCAUCUAGCAUAUACGCUUUCUGAUUCUGAAAAGAGAUUAGACAUCUACAUUGAUGGUGAAUGG